UCCCUCCUCCCCCCUCUUUCCUGCUCCUCCCCAUUUCCUACCCCCCCUCCGCCCUCCUCCCCGCGCUCCUCCCUUCCUGCGCGGCCAGACAGCGGGGCAGACAGCGGGCGGGCGGGCGUCCAGGAGAACCCUGGGAUGUGGCUCCUCAGGCUGUGAGAGGGGGCGGCACUGUGGGGGCUGCUGGCCGCCGGGCUAGGAGAGACAUGAGGACACGGGCCCUCCAUGGCUCCAGCCUUUCUGCUCCUCCGCUGGGCCCUUGCCCUGGGGUUGGGCAUCAGCCUGCAUGGGGCACACGCCUUCCGCUCUCAGGAUGAGCUUCUCUCCAGCCUGGAGAGUUACGAAAUCGCCUUCCCCGCCCGAGUGGAUCACAAUGGGACCCUCCUGGCCUUCUCCUCGGCCCCCCCCAGGCAGCGGAGGGGCGCCUCAGGGCGCGGGGCUGAAGAGGAGGCCCGGCUAUUUUACAGGGUGGCGGCCCCCAGCACGCACUUCCUGCUCAACCUGACCCGCAGUCCCCGCCUGUUGGCCGGGCAGGUGUCAGUGGAGUACUGGACGCGGGCGGGGCUGGCCUGGCAGAGGGUGACCAGGCCCCACUGCCUGUACGCAGGGCACCUGCAAGGCCAGCCCCGCAGCUCCCACGUGGCCAUCAGCACCUGUGGGGGCCUGCAUGGCCUGAUCGUGGCAGGUGAAGAGGAAUAUUUGAUUGAACCCCUGCAAGGAGGCCCCAAGGGGGCCCGGGGGCCCAAGGAGAGUGGCCCCCACGUGGUGUACAAACGCUCCUCCCUGCGUUACCCCCACCUGGACACGGCGUGUGGCGUGAGAGAUGAGAAGCCAUGGAAAGGUCGCCCAUGGCGACUCCGCAGCCUGAAGCCGCCCCCUGUGAGGCCCCCCAGGGGCGAGUCUGGGUCUGAGCGAGGGCAGCCGGGCCUCAAACGCUCCGUCAGCCGCGAGCGCUACGUGGAGACCCUGGUGGUGGCCGACAGGAUGAUGGUGGCCUACCACGGCCGCCGUGACGUGGAACAUUACGUGUUGGCCAUCAUGAACAUUGUUGCCAGACUGUUUCAGGACUCGAGUCUGGGCAACACCGUAAACAUCCUGGUCACCCGCCUCAUUCUGCUCACGGAGGACCAGCCCACACUGGAGAUCACCCACCACGCGGGGAAGUCCCUGGACAGCUUCUGCAAGUGGCAGAAAGCAAUCGUCAGCCACGGCAAUGCCAUUCCCGAGAACGGGGUGGCCAACCACGACACUGCUGUCCUCAUCACCCGCUAUGACAUCUGCAUCUACAAGAACAAACCCUGUGGGACGCUAGGCCUGGCCCCAGUGGGCGGCAUGUGUGAGCGAGAGAGAAGUUGCAGCGUCAACGAAGACAUCGGCCUGGCCACAGCCUUCACCAUCGCCCAUGAGAUCGGGCACACGUUUGGCAUGAGCCAUGACGGCGUGGGUAACAGCUGCGGGGCCCGGGGGCAGGACCCCGCCAAGCUCAUGGCCGCCCACAUCACCAUGAAAACCAACCCGUUUGUGUGGUCUUCCUGUAGCAGUGACUACAUAUCCAGCUACUUAGACUCAGGCCUGGGGGUCUGCCUGAACAACCGCCCCCCUCGCCAGGACUUCGUGUACCCCACGGUGGCCCCCGGCCAGGCCUACGACGCUGAUGAACAGUGCCGGUUCCAGCAUGGCGUCAAAUCGCGUCAGUGUAAAUACGGGGAGGUCUGCAGCGAGCUGUGGUGUCUGAGCAAGAGCAACCGGUGCAUUACCAACAGCAUCCCAGCGGCUGAAGGGACCCUGUGCCAGACCCAUACCAUCGACAAGGGGUGGUGCUACAAGCGGGUGUGUGUCCCCUUCGGGUCACGGCCGGAGGGCGUGGACGGAGCCUGGGGCCCGUGGACCCCUUGGGGUGACUGCAGCCGGACAUGUGGCGGUGGUGUGUCCUCUUCCAGCCGUCACUGCGACAGCCCCAGGCCGACCAUCGGAGGCAAGUACUGCCCGGGAGAGAGGCGACGCCAUCGCUCCUGCAACACCGACGACUGUCCGCCAGGCUCCCAGGACUUCCGAGAGAUGCAAUGCUCAGAGUUUGACAGCAUCCCCUUCCGGGGGAAGUUCUACACGUGGAAGACUUACCGAGGAGGAGGCGUGAAGGCCUGUUCCCUCACAUGCUUGGCAGAAGGCUUUAAUUUCUAUACGGAGAGAGCAGCGGCCGUGGUGGACGGGACACCUUGCCGCCCGGACACGGUGGACAUCUGUGUCAGCGGGGAGUGCAAGCACGUGGGCUGCGACAGGGUCCUGGGCUCUGACCUCCGGGAGGACAAGUGUCGAGUGUGUGGGGGUGAUGGCAGUGCCUGCGAGACCACUGACGGGGUCUUCACUUCGGCCCUGCCCGGGACUGGCUACGAGGAAGUCGUCUGGAUCCCGAAAGGCUCGGUUCACAUCUUUAUCCAGGACCUGAACCUCUCUCUCAGCCACCUAGCCCUGAAAGGAGACCAGGAAUCCCUGCUGUUGGAGGGGCUGCCUGGGACCCCCCAACCCCACCGACUGCCCCUAGCCGGGACCACCUUUCAGCUGCGACAGGGACCCGACCACUCGCAGAGCCUGGAAGCCCUGGGGCCUUUGAAUUCAUCUCUUGUCGUCAUGGUGCAGUCCCAGACCAAGCUCACCACUCUCCGCUACCGCUUCAACGCACCCAUCGCCCGGGACGCGCUGCCCCCCUACGCCUGGCAUUACGCACCCUGGACCAAAUGCUCCGCCCAGUGCGCAGGCGGCAGCCAGGUGCAAGUCGUGGAGUGUCGCAGCCAGCUGCACAGCUCCACCGUGGCCCCCCAUUACUGCAGCGCCCACAGCAAGCUCCCCAAGAGAGAGCGCGCCUGCAACACUGAGCCCUGCCCGCCCAGCUGGGUGGUGGGGAACUGGUCGCGCUGCAGCCGGAGCUGCGAGGCGGGGGUGCGCAGCCGGUCGGUCGUGUGCCAGCGCCGCGUGUCUGCCGUCGAGGAGAAGGCCCUGGACGACAGUGCCUGCCCGCAGCCGCGCCCGCCGGUGCUCGAGGCCUGCAGGGGCCCCGCCUGUCCACCCGAGUGGGCUGCGCUGGACUGGUCGGAGUGCACCCCCAGCUGCGGCCCGGGCCUCCGCCACCGCGUGGUUCUUUGCAAGAGCGCUGACCACCGCGCCACCCUGCCCGCCGCGCACUGCUCCCCCGCAGCCAAGCCGCCGGCCACCAUGCGUUGCAACCUUCGUCGCUGUCCCCCGGCCCGCUGGGUGGCGGGAGAGUGGGGCGAGUGCUCGGCGCAGUGCGGUGCAGGCCAGCAGCAGCGCUCGGUGCGGUGCACCGGCCACGCGGGACAGCCGUCCAGGGAGUGCGCCGAGGCCCUGCGGCCACCCGCCACCCAGCACUGCGAGGCCAGGUGUGACAGCGCGCCCCCUGGCGACGGCCCCGAAGAAUGCAAGGAUGUGAACAAGGUUGCCUACUGCCCCCUGGUGUUCAAAUUCCAGUUCUGCAGCCGAGCCUACUUCCGCCAGAUGUGCUGUAAAACUUGCCAGGGCCGCUAGGGGGCGCGCUGGGCAAAGAAGGGGAGGUUUUGUUGGGUUUUUGGUUUUAUUAUUUUUUUUUGGGGGGGGGAGACUUGAAUUGGUGGAUUGGUGGGUAGUGGGGGGAGAGGGCCUGGUCUGCCUGAUGGUGCCCCAGGGAGCGAGUGGGAGCGGGGAGUAAUUUAUUGGAACCCCUGCAGGGCCCCUGGUGGAGGGAGACAAAGUGGUUAGCUACUGGGGAUCCCCCUUUCCCCGUGUACACACACACACACACACACACACACACACACGGGCAGCCCAUUUUUUCCAGCUGCUAGAGACCACCCUCCCCAACACUCUGCACCCCGUUAGAUGGGAAUUUGUACUGUGAAGAGUGACAAUGACUUGUUCCCCACCCCAGCACUGGCUAGAACUCAGCUCUGGGGUGGGUGGCUGGGUGUCCGUGUUAAUCUGGGAUGGCGGGACCCGCUUAGGACCGUCUCCCUGAACAGACCAGCUACAGGAGUGAAACAGAAUUGGGGAGACCACCUUUCCCCCCUCCCACUCCCCAGCCUCUGCCUGGCCUGCCCCAAGGACACCCCAACUUCCAGGCUGCCCACCACAUACACACAGACCUACGCCUCAUGGUGCUACAGGCCCCUGCCCAGGGCCUUUUCCCCACCCCCCAAUUUUCCCCCACCAAGAAGCCAUGCAUCAAUAAAGUUCUGUCUUGUGUA